AUGGGGAGUGAGCCCGCGGUUGCCCGCGGCUGCCGAGAUUCCCGCUGACGCCCUCGAGUCCGCCGCCUUCUUCGUUCGUCUGCGGAGGCGCCUAACGUCCCAACUGCGCUUGCAGUGAGAGUCCGGAGAGGCCACUGGACCCCUGAGGCCCCGCGCUCAGGACAGAGCAAAAGGCUGAGCUAUGAUAGCAACCGGUGGAGUGAUAACUGGCCUGGCCGCCUUGAAAAGGCAAGACUCUGCCAGGUCGCAGCAUCAUGUGAGCCUCAGCCCAUCGCCUACUGCCCAAGUGAAGAAACCCGUCAGGCGGCGGCCUCAGGCCGAUGUCGUGGUGGUUCGAGGCAAAAUCCGGCUUUAUUCCCCAUCUGGUUUUUUCCUCAUUUUAGGAGUGCUUAUCUCCAUUGUAGGAAUUGCAAUGGCAGUCCUUGGAUAUUGGCCCCAAAAAGAACAUUUUAUUGAUGCUGAGACAACACUGUCAACCAACGAGACUCAGGUCAUUCGGAACCAAGGUGGCGUGGUGGUCCGUUUCUUUGAGCAACAUCUGCAUUCUGACAAAAUGAAAAUGCUUGGCCCUUUCACCAUGGGGAUUGGCAUUUUCAUUUUCAUUUGUGCUAAUGCCAUUCUUCAUGAGAACCGUGACAAAGAAACCAAGAUCAUACACAUGAGGGAUAUCUAUUCCACAGUCAUCGACAUCCACACGCUGAGGAUCAAGGAGCAAAAGCAUAUGAAUGGCAUCUACACUGGUUUGAUGGCAGACGCAGAAGUAAAGCAGAAUGGGAGCUCCUGUGCCUCGAGACUGGCAGCAAAUACCGUUGCCUCUUUCUCGGGUUUUAGGAGCAGUUUUUGGAUGGACAGCUCUGUCGAGGAGGAUGAACUUGCGCUAAACGAAAAUAAGAGUUUGGGGCAUCUCAUGCCACCUUUGCUUUCGGACAGCUCCGUCUCUGUCUUUGGCCUCUAUCCACCUCCCUCCAAGACAACAGAUGAUAAGACCAGUGGCCCUAAGAAAUGUGAAACCAAAUCAAUUGUGUCAUCGUCCAUCAGUGCUUUUACAUUGCCUGUGAUCAAACUUAAUAACUGUGUUAUUGAUGAGCCCAGUAUAGAUAACAUCACUGAAGAUGCUGAGAACCUCAAAAGUAGGUCAAGGAAUUUGUCAAUGGAUUCCCUCAUGGUCCCUUUGCCCAAUGCCGGUGAGUCCUUCCAGCCAGUCAGCAUGGUGUUCCCAAGGAAUAAUUCCAUUGGGGAGUCAUUGUCGAGCCAGUACAAGUCUUCCGUGGCCCUCGGACCCGGGGCUGGACAGCUCUUGUCUCCUGGGGCUGCUAGAAGACAGUUUGGGUCCAACACAUCUUUACAUUUGCUCUCGUCACAUUCAAAAUCCUUAGACUUGGACAGGGGUCCCUCCACCCUAACUGUUCAGGCAGAACAACGGAAACACCCAAGUUGGCCUCGGUUGGAUCGAAGCAACAGCAAAGGAUACAUGAAACUAGAGAAUAAAGAGGACCCCAUGGAGAGGCUGCUUGUGCCCCAAGCUGCGAUCAAAAAAGACUUUACCAAUAAGGAGAAGCUUCUCAUGAUUUCAAGAUCUCAUAACAAUUUGAGUUUUGAACAUGAUGAGUUUUUGAGUAACAACCUAAAGCGGGGAACUUCUGAAACGAGGUUUUAAUGUUCAAAAAUGUAUCAUUUUACAAGGCUAUAUAUUUUAAAACUAUUUUCACCAGUGUUUCCAUGUUAAAGUAUGGGUUAUAAGCCUUUUUAAUCAAAUAGUCUGUAGUGGGUUAGACCUGGUUGCUUAAUUCUGUGGUGGAGACGGCUGUAUGUUUGGGUUACUUAUGAUUGCAAGACUUUCUAUGAUCACACAUGAUUUUAUAUUCUCCCUUCCUUUGAAAGCAGUAUCUCUUCUAUCAAUAUGAACACAGAACACUUCCAUCUCUACUAAAAUUCCCUUUCUUUACUUUCAAGUUCUUUCACUGAUGGUCAUCUGCAAGAAUCAAGUGUCCAGUUAGGAAAAGGUAGGGUACCAAAGUGCGGACUCGAAGUACCAAAUUUAGGCCCAAGACUCAAUAUAAACUUAUAAAUGAGCAUGAGUACAAAUCUAAGGUGUGAUUUUCUAAACAACUGCUUUUUUUUUUUUUUUUACAAAAUUGGUUAAAUUAUUUAAAAGGAGAAAGAUCUAGUUUCUGGGUGUGCUAAAUAAUGUGAAUUGGUGAAAUUGGUUUAGUUCUAUGUGAACUAAUUGAUAGGAAUUAUUUAGGUUGGUUGUGACUAGUACCCUGAGCUCUGGGUAGGUAUAUCUUUUUUUAUUAUUAAUUCUAUUUUAGUGAUAUUUUAUCAAGAAACCAUGUAUUCAAGAGCCAUGGCUGAGAAUGCUAGUUAUUCUUAGGGGUAAAUAUCAAAAUGCUAUUAGCCAUAACUUUAGAUAUUCAGAAUCAAAAUUUCUUUGCAACUAACUUGAAAAAGGAAUGAACCAAUUUAGUUUGUAGGAAUGCUAUCUUGAAAUAAUUAUAUACAUGAAGAAGAUGUUGAUUAGUCACAAAAUUACACUAUGGGUUAGUUAAUGCUAACUAAUCUCAGUAUCUUUCCUAGCCAUCUCUUUUAUCAUCCAGCAUCCAUUCAUUCCCACAUCCUUCUUUCCCCUCAAGAUUUUUUAGAUCCUGUUCUUUGGAAAAUAAUCAGCUAACCUUGACAUUUCUUUUUAUCUUUGUUUAUCACUAGCUUGGUGACUCAAGAAAAUUUAGUCCUUGACAAAUUGCCUUGAAAUGUACCUUGUGCUGGAAAGCCUUAUGAAGACCCCAAAGACUUUCUUAUGGUGUAAUACAUUUUUGGGAUUGUGGCUCUCAAUUAUUGAAGAUAACAAAUGUGAAAAUGAAUGUUUCCAUCAGAAAAUGUUCAUGUUUUCCAUUAAGGUAAUAUUUAAUUGUAAGAGAUGCUUAAUGGAAUACUCAGGAAAUUUUACAGGUUCUUCCCAAUGCCUAACUUUUCUGAGCAUCUGUAUUAUUGCAGCUAUUGUGGAAAAGGAGAAGGAAGAUAUAUUUCUGUUCGUAGCUCCCCACAAUUCCCCCUGUGUUGGCAUCAUGAGCUUCCCUGAAUUGAGUCAGUGUUACUUGUUAGAACACCAAGCUUGUGUAUUUUAAUAGAGUGGACUCAAUAUUUUACUAUAAAACAUUUAAUAAACUUCUGUUCUUAAUAGAAAUUUGUGUUCUGCCUACAUUUGCUAUUAUUUUUUAAAUAAAAUAUGCAAUUCUG